GCGGCAAGCCGCCACCGUAGAAAGAGUAUGUGUUGAGUGUCUCAAUAAUAAAUUGUAACUAUAAAUUUACGCGCGUGAUUAUCCAUUUUUUUGUUAACCUGAAAUCUAAAUCCAAUGAAGUUUGUAACAUAAAAUAAUUUUUUCCCGCCACCAGCUAUCAUUCGCUGCCAUCUUGCGGUCAAAAAAAGUGAUUUUUUUAAUUAAAACGCAAUUGGAGUAAAAAAUACUAUUCAGUGUAUGAAAAAGUUGAUGUUUUAUGGCAAAUUAAUUUUAUCUUAGACUAUGUGAUGUUUUGGAGAACUGUUAGUAAAGAAUAAUAACUGAAAAAAAAACAAUAGAUAUUUUACGGAGUAAGUUCAACAGACGUUCAAUCGAAUAAUUUGAAAAAAUGUCAACAAACGUGGGAUCAUGGACAAUGGUCCACACAUUUUUAUUAUUUGUGUUAUCGGUAAAUUCGGUGAAAGGAGGAGGUGAAUUGUUUGCAAAAAUGUUUUCAAGUCAAGCAAUUCCAUCGGAUCCAUGUUACGAUGAAGAUCGUCCGCGUCGAUGUAUUCCAGAUUUUGUAAAUGCGGCGUUUGGAAAAACGGUGGAAGCAUCGUCAACCUGUGGUACAGGAGGACCGACAAGAUAUUGCGACGUACAAGAGCAGCCUGGUGGUAGUAUUGGAGUGAGUCAUUGUCAUGUUUGUGACGAUACUACACCACGACGUAGAUUUCCUGCAAGCUAUUUAACAGAUUUAAACAAUCCCAACAACGUAACUUGUUGGAGAAGUGAGCCUUUGGUGUCAUCACAAAGCUUUAACGCGCCGCCAGAUAAUGUUACCUUAACCUUAUCGUUAGGUAAAAAAUACGAAUUAACAUAUGUCAGUCUCCAAUUUUGUCCAAAAGCCGCAAAGCCUGAUUCAAUAGCCAUCUACAAGUCAAUGGACUACGGUAAAACAUGGCAACCUUUUCAGUUUUAUUCUUCCCAAUGUCGAAGGGUUUAUGGAAGACCCAACCGAGCCACAAUCACCAAAGCAAAUGAGCAGGAAGCAAGAUGUACCGAUAGCCAUCGAUUUACUGGCGGGGAUGGCCUUGGACCUGCUGGAAGGAUUGCCUUUAGUACUUUGGAGGGAAGACCAUCAGCCGCAGAUUUUGAUAACUCUCCAGUUCUCCAGGACUGGGUCACUGCCACAGACAUUAGAGUUAUCUUUAAUCGCCUCCAUAUGCUUCAACCGGACCUGAAUGAGGAUAUUGGAAUUGAAGAGUUAACUAAACGAGAACGUGAACGAGAAGAGAAAUUGAAAAAUCACAAAAAUAAUUUACUCCAUGCAAUAGAUCCUUUGGUUACGGUUAUUCCUUCAGUUCACCAAGUCCUUGCGCCUCAGGAGAUGCAUUCAAAUGAUGCUUUGGAUAUACAGGAGAUGAACUUCCAACCGGACAUUUCGCCCACGACUACCAUUGUAACUGCUACAAGCGGUACUGCUCUUGCUCAUCAUUAUGCUGUUUCUGAUUUUGCUGUUGGCGGCAGGUGCAAGUGUAAUGGACAUGCAUCGAGAUGUGUUACGGGAAAAGAUGGAGAAGUUACUUGCGAAUGUAAGCAUAAUACUGCUGGAAGAGACUGCGAGAGGUGCAAACCUUUCCAUUUCGAUAGACCAUGGGCUCGAGCUACUGCAAAAGACGCCAACGAAUGUAAAGCGUGUAACUGCAAUCUUCAUGCUCGCAAAUGCCGCUUCAGUGUGGAGCUGUACAAAUUGUCAGGACGUGUGAGUGGAGGUGUUUGUUUGCUGUGUCGACACUUCACUGCAGGAAGACAUUGCCAUUAUUGUCGUGAAGGUUACUACAGGGAUCCAACCAAACCGAUUACUCAUCGUAAGGCUUGCAAACCCUGUGACUGUCACUUGAUUGGAGCAUCCGGUAAAACUUGUAACCAAAGUACAGGCCAGUGCCCUUGCAAAGACGGCGUGACUGGGACCACCUGUAAUAGGUGUGCCAGAGGUUACCAGCAAAGCAGAUCCCACAUCGCCCCUUGCGUUAGAAUUCCGCAGGUAGUGCAGACUCAGGGGAUUGCUGGUGAAAACAACGGGGAAGACGAUUAUGAUGAGGAUGAACAUGGAUAUGAUGGGCAGACUGAACAUUGUGGAAAAUGCCGGGCAAGUACUCGAAGACUGAAUCUCAACAAAUACUGCAAAAGAGACUAUGCAAUUCUCGGUCGAGUAACCGGAAGAUACAAAGGUAAUGAGGUAGCAAAUGGUAAUUCUGCCAGCAACUCCUUCGCCAGAUUCACAUUGAACGUAGAUGUAAUCUACAAACGCAGUCCAGAUUCAAAGAUCAAACGUGGAACGAUUACUCUUUUCGUACACACAACUGAUCUUGCUUGUAAAUGUCCGAAAAUUAAACCAAAUAAAUCAUACUUAUUCUUGGGUCAGGAGAAUGACGGAAGUGGUAAAAACGGACUUACAGUGACACCAAAAUCCAUCGUGAUUGAGUGGCGAGAUGAGUGGUAUCGUAGAAUGCGUCGGUUUCAACGCAGAGCACGAUCCUGUCAUUGAAAGAUCAACGAAUAAUAUCAAGAGAGAGCGAGCAAGAGAGAAUGAAUGGAAUGAAGAAGAGAGAAACAAGGACAGAUCAACUUGCUCCCUCGCCCUUUUCUCGAUUUACUCGAGACACGAUCGAUAAUAAGUGAGCUCGAACCACUAGCACAUUCGCGUUUCUCAAACCCUUCACUGGUACUUAACCCUUCCCAUUCUUCCCCUAAAAUCCGUGACUUAUCGUUUUUCAUUAUUAUCUUAGUAUCCUUCAAGACGCUUCGCCAAACGCCCAUACAGUCCGGUUUUAUCUAUGAAAUUUUUUUUAUGUACUUUUGAAUUUUUUACACAUGAUAUUAACUGAUGAUGUAUGUAUAUUAUAUUAGAUUUUUUUUAAAUUGAAUAUAAUAACUCAUUAUUCAUACAUAUCUGUUGAAACUGUAUGAAAUAAUUGUUUAGUAAAUAAGUUUUAAGUAAGCGUAAAUAAUGAUAGAUAAUAUCGCGUAUGUCGAUAGUAAUUUAAUAUAUUAAUUAAUAAUAUAAUAUAUCUAGUCGAUAAAUACAAUUACGUGGCUUCAAUAAUUGAAAGAAAAAAUAAUUGUACGAUAAAGCAUUUUCGUUUCUUUAUAUAUUUCAAUUAUAUAAAUGAUGAAGAUAAUACGUACUAAUAGUCUUUAAAUAAAAAAUUAAACAGCAUCGGCAAAAGUUGCAAAUAUGUAUUUACACAGACGACCCUGGGUUUAUGUUUCAAAUUUUGAUUUACUUAUGGCAACCUUCGUGGGUUGUUGUCGUAAUUUACAAGCCUCCACGAAGUAGAGAGAAGGGAAAGAGACUGCUGCAACCAAGAGAAGCAAACAAGUGAAAGAAAAAAAGAAAAGAAAGGAAGCAACGAACGAGGUAAAUAUAAUGAGGGAGAAGUGAGACGAGCAAAAGAAGGAAAGAAGCAUUUGGUUGAGUGCAAAGUGAGCAAAAGCAAAAGAAAACGAUGCCCGCGGUUCAACCCAGGGAAUAUUUAACCGUCGUAUAUUAUCAUCAAAGUCGAAUUGUGUGGUGCAGGCUUACGCACGAUAAACGGAUGCGUUUCAAACGCCUUUGAGCAUUUAUCUUGCGUUUUAAACUAUAAUAGUGAUUAGUGAAAUAUGCGAUUCGAUAUGAAGCAGCGUAUGUAUCGUAUUAAUUUGGCGAUGAUUAGCCACGUACGCCAAAAAAUGUAGAAAAAAAAAGCUUUAUAAAUAUUGUUCUUCUUCAGCUCUGGAUGCUAAGAUUAAUGAUGUUUAAAAUUGCCGAUACGUCAUCUAUUAAAGCGCUGAUGAAUUAACUUUACCGAUGAUUUAAUGCACGAUUUGUAAUAAAUGAUGAAAAAUGCUUUUGCAUUUUUUAUUUUGACUAAGCUAAGAAAUUCAUUUGUAAACUUGGAAGUUUAAGUUUUCAAUUUAUCAAAUUUAUUUAUUUAAUUUUUUAUAUUUUAUAAACUGACAUAAUGCUAUAUAUAUAUAUAGAUAAUAUUAUUUGUAAAUUUCAUACGAUGAAAAAUAUUGAAGCUUUUCUAGAUUGUAUUACAAAUAUUGUCUAAUUAAAUCUUUUAAUAAACAUUUAUAAUGUGCGUAAUUAAAUCAGUGCAAAUCACUUACCGAUAUUUAUAAAUAAAGUAUUAAACCAAGUAUAAUAUUAACACAAUAAAAUUUAUUUUGAAGAUAUAUAAUUAUUAUCAUUCUGGUGAAGAAUAUUCUCCAUGGCAAUAGUCUUCUGUAUAUGUUGAGAGACACUUUUAUCCCUGCCAGACUUUCUUAACAUCAUCAAUCCAAGAUAGAGAAAUAAUUGAUGGGUCAAAAAACUUCAUUCAAAUAUAAGUUUAAAACUCAAAAAGAAUUUGUACCAAAUUUAAAUAAAUUUUCAUUAUUAACUGAUGAUUACAAAAUUAAGAACAUUAUAAAAAUUGCAAUAUUUUUUUUUAUUUAAAUAAUUUAUUAUAUUUUUUAAUUUUUUAUCUUAAAAAUCAAAAUUUUAAUGUAUUUAAUUUAUUUAUUAUGUGACAUUUGUUCGUAAUUUUGCCAUCAUCAUUGUAUAUCUUAUUAACUCGAAUGUAUUAAAGCAGUUUUGUAGAAAAAACCUAUGGAUUAACAUAAAUAAAAAAAAUAAUUUAUACGUUAUUGCUAAUUAAUUAAUUAAUAUUAUAUCUACUUGAAGUUCUUUAAUACAACUUUGUAUUUUGUCAAAACUGGUAUUGUACAGUAUUUAGAGAAUAGAGAGUAGAAGACAAUAGAUACUCCAUUCGAAGCAUAUAAACGCUUAAUUCCACUAAUUUAAUUAUCACAUUGAACAAGAGUAAUUUUUGAAGCCAAAAAUAUAAAAUCAACAUCGAAAAGCAAAAAGAAAAAAACUCUUCAAACCAUCAAAUUUCCAAUAAAAUAAUAAUUGACAAUGCUUUAAAAUUGAUUUAUAAUUAUAGCAAUAAAAGCUACAACAGCACUAAAUCUGUUAUAGAGCGUUUAAAUAUUAUAUAAAGCUUCAAGAGUUCUUGUUGUCAAAUCAUACAUGUAUAGGAUAUUAUUACCACCAUUUAAUUUUAGAAUUAGAAUAAAUGAGGACACAGAAAUAAAAUAAUAAAAGUAACACAAUAGCAUUGUGGCAGAAACGAUUUAAAAUGGACAAAUCAAACAAUAAAUAUAUGAUAUAUAUUAAAUUAUAUAAUAAUAUAGUUUUAUCAGUCCAAUCGAAUUUUAAAAUAAAUGUGCAAAAUAGACACUGCCUAAUUAUUAUUGAUCAUUAUAUCUUCAUUGUUAAUAUAUUAAUUAAAUGUCAACUGAUAAAUUCAUGUAUCAUCAAAUCCAUGAUUCUGUGACAAGUGUGCUAU